AUGGAGAACACGAGAGCGAGGACGAGGAGUCAGGUACUUGAGCUGUUUCAUCAUGAGGGGAUAUUGCCUGGUGGCACCAUCCCACGCACGAGACCCCAUGAGGGGCAUGCAGCAGCCUGGGUGAAGAGGCCAGCCUCUCCGCACAUGAGCAGCAUGACAGCGGGUGUUAGAUCAUGGCCGCAGGCCCAGAGGGCAGCUCCUUCCUCACGACGAGCAAGCUCCGCUAGGAGGGAGACUGCAGACAUCGUCAUCGUAGGCGCAGGUCCUGUCGGGGUGUAUUCGGCGAUCCUGCUCUCGAGGUUCGGGCUUCCCUGCGUUGUAGUGGACAAGGGAGAUGGCGUGUAUGACCUGGAGAAGAGCAUGGAGAUGCACCCGCGCGCUCACGUGCUCAACGUACGGAGCAUGGAGCUGUUAGACGAGGUGGGGUUGUACGAGCCCCUGGAGAAGGAGAUGCCGCCGCUGGAUCAGUGGAAGUACUUUCGAUACACGACCUCCCUGAUAGGAACUGAGUUCGGGGUGAUCGAUCACUGCGACGAUGGGGAUGGCGCCUACUCGAACCUCAGGGGCAGCAGCCACGUGUUCGCGUGCCACAUUGCUCAGCCGAAGCUCGAGUACCACCUGUGGAAGCUUGCUAGGCAGAGCCAGGGCAUUCGGUUCCUUACACAACACGAGAUGACGGACAUCGGCAAGGACGGGGACGACCUGGUCGUCAAGCUCUGCCCCCAUCCGCCCCCAUCUGACGCCGCAGCAGCAGGGGGGGCGGUGGAUAUCACCUGCAAGUACUUGAUCGCAGCUGAUGGCUCGAGAAGCAAAGUGCGGGAGGUCUGCAACAUCGGGCUGGAGGGGAAGCGCGGGAUCGAGAGCUUCGUCAGCAUCCACUUCAAGUGCCCCGAGCUGGCAGGCAGGCUCCAGGGCAAGUUCGCGAUGCUCUACUUCGUCAUAGCGUGCAUUGUUGCCCACGAUAUCAACCAGGGGGAGUGGGUGGCGCAGGUGCCGUACUUCCCCCCAGCGCAGGAUGGGAUCCUGCGAGCAGAGGAAUGCCAUGAGCUGAUCGCAGCGAUCAUCGGCGCACAGCCGACGGGGGAUGUCAGGGAAGGUGGGGAGGAGGGUUCCAACGUCUCGAGUGGAAUCGCCGAGGACGGGCGGCCUAUCUCUUGGAAGCUCUGCAGUUGGAGGCCAUGGUCGAUGGAUGCCAUGAUCGCCUCCAAGUACUCCGUGGACGGGAGGAUCUUCCUCGUGGGCGAUGCUGCGCAUCAGUUCCCCCCGUCAGGAGGGUUCGGGCUCAACUGCGGCCUUCAGGAUGCGCACAACCUUGCCUGGAAGCUAGCAGCCGUCCUCAGGUGCUCCAAGAGCGCCUCCGUCCUGGAUUCGUACCAGGUUGAGAGGAAGCCAGUGGCACGAGACACUGCAGUUGGGUUGGACAGGGACAUGUUGAGCUCCAUGACGCAAGGCUUGCCUGCUAGUCUGCUGCAAUCUUUCUCUACCUCAGCCAAGUCGCUGACACAGUCACAAAGCCUCCUACAAGUCGCUCAGAGCCCGCUGUCGCUCAUCCAGUCAUUCUCCAAGGACCCGACCUCCCCUCCAGCCUCCUCGCACAACCUUGAGAAGAUGUUGAAGAUUUUGCUCGGAACCCCCAUGGCCAGGGCGAUGCAACGAACGGUGAUCGAGCGGAAAUCCAUCCCUCUUCUCUUCCCGGAGCACGAUCUGGGCGCGAAGUAUCCUCUGAACGAGGUCGUUCGGUGCGGAGCGACGGAGAGCACAGGGACGGGCGACUCCACCUCUCCCUCCUUGGGGCCCAUUGGCAAGAGCUCUCUCCCAGCAGGCACCAGGCUCUACAAGCCUAGCGGGAAGCCCGGUUCCAGGCUGCCGCACAAAUUUCUCCGAAGGGUUAAGGACGGGAGGGUCGCCUCGAGCAGCAGCUGGGUGUCGGAGCAUGCCGUACGAUUGCGACUCUCUCCUCUCCUCGCUCAGAGGCCGCAGUUUGUUCUCUUCCUCGUGGGAUCAACCAAGUCGAUUCAGUGCUGGGUUGACAGUCUCGGUGCGUCAGACUUCCUGAGUGUCAACCUGGGGAAGCUGGCCCUGGGGAAGCGAGCUGCAGUAGCUUCGACGAUGGAGGCUUGCAUUAUUGGGGUGACAGGUGAAGAAAGUCCGUCGGGAAUGAGCGCGUGCGAGCUCAUGGUCGACGAGUCACGAGGAGAGUUCAGAGAGGUUCUUGGCAUGCAGCAAGAGGGAGCCGUGCUCGUACGACCCGAUGGCUACAUUGCGUGGAGAUUCGUCGGUUCUGCUCUGGACUUGAAAGAAGCAGAGCUGAGAUAUCUUGCUUCUGUUCUCACUUGA